GCUUCCCCACCAGUCCACCGCGCUAAAACCUCGUCGAGUCAAAACCACCCAUGAAACCCUAAGACCCCAAUCCCCCGCCCAAUCCGCCAUUGCCCUCCCCGAUGCAGGCUUCCGCGCGCCUCUCCUCCCCCGCCGCCUCCAAGCGGGUGAUUGCGGGCGUCUCUAGCACGAUCGCGCGGUCGUGCCAUCGUACUUGCCGAGGGAAGUCGCAUGCCGCCGCGCCUCUACCUGCUCAGGAGGCUCCCAAGGGGUCGAAGAGGAUUACCAAGCAGGAGAGAAGGGUUAAAAUAGAGAAAUUUAUUGAGGAAUAUAAGGCAUCAAAUGAUGGUAAAUUCCCUAAUAUGACAACUGUUCGUCAACAUGUUGGAGGGUCUCACUACACAGUGAGGGAGAUAUUUCAGGAACUUGAGUAUAAUCAGACACAGUUACCAUUGGAUAUGUCAAAGGAAGCUCAGCUGCCUGACUCGAGUGAAUUUUCCGAGGAUUUGAAGCCCAAGGAUGACAAUGGAAAUGCCAACUUUAAGUCUGAAAGCUUUAGUGUAAACCAUGAUACAGAUGAUCUUCACCUCUCCCAGAAAGUUUCUGCUACUAGCACUGAAAUCAUUGAUAAGGCUGAAACAUUGAGAUUAGAAGAACCGCAGAUGACAUCAGGUUCUACUGAUUACACUGGAGAAACAGAAGCUGUCAAACAAGAUAUGCACGCUGCAGAUAAUUUAAAGAUCUCAAAUGAAUCAAUGUUAUCACGUCAAACAGAAAGUGGUGGCAUUAAGAAUGAAGAUUCUAUAUCAUUAGGACUAGAUACUAAAUCAGGUCCAUGUGACCAAGGACUAGGAGAAAGCAAAGGUAACAGGUUAGUACUGAAUAGUACAGAAAGUUUCAAGGAUGCCAUUGAACCAACUGCAUCGAAUCAAAUUGAAGGUGAUAAGAUGAUCAAGUCAAACAUACUAGACAGAGAAGAGAACCUCAAGCCUGAGCCAGAGAAAAGUAUUUUUGGGAGCCUGAAAUCUUUUGCUAAUGGGAUCAGAAACUUUUGGAGAAAGCUGUGAAUGUCUUGUUAUGGCUAGAAGAAACUUGCUGCUAUGAAUUUGUGAGCAUGGGGCAAAUUUAUAUUCUGCUCCUCCUUUGACCAUUUAUGAGACUGAAGCAAAUUGUAAAGUUCUCUAUGCUGCCGAACUAUGGUCUAAUUCAUUCCGUCACUUUACUGAGAAGAUAUAUAUGUGAGUAUCCAGUAUCCAUGGGGCGAUCAUAAUAAUUUUAGUUAUUGACGGGACCAGUAGUUUUGUUCUGCGGGCUGUCUUGAUAUGCCAUUACAAAUUCUUGCCUCAUAUCGUCGGAAGAACACCAGAACAUAUUGCCCCGUUUGAGAGUAGAUAGUUGAAAUUGAUGCAUUAUCUGGUUUUUGUGAUAGUUAUUUG